AGAGCAUCAGCACAAACGGCUCCUAUUAUUUCAAUUGCCAUGGCGACUCCUCUUUCUCCGAGUUCGCAAAGUCAUCUCAAUUCUCGACUCUUCAUCUUAGACUCCACCAUGACCUCCACGCCCCAAAAGUCUCACCAAGAGCCUGGAGAGGAGACGUUCCUGGAUUGGAAGACUCCAGCUUCAUCACCAUUCGUCUCAGAGAUCGAGCAGGAAAAUCGAGAUCCGAAUACUCUCAACCUGCUCUUCGAACUGAACCCGACAAAACCUCAGUCGAAGAAUCCUUCCCCGAUCAAGACGGCUCCAGACCUCCAGGACGAAGAUAUCAUUGACUGGAGCGACGAACCGACUCAGAAGCUGUCUACUACGCCGACGGUGACAUCCCCGGAAAAGCAGCCCGGUGAUCAACUGCUGGAAGAAAUGCAAAGAUCUGCCGCGAUAGAUACAGUCGAUACGGUUGUUCCAUCGUCACGGCGGUCAUCGCCCAAAAAGCGCCAACUGGACCAGUUUGAGAUCCAUUCCGAUUCUUCCCAACGCAGCUCAGUCACGACUAGUUCAUCGUUUAGCCGUGAGACUAAGCGUCAAGAAACCAUUGUCAUAUCUAACGAUAUUGACAUGACGCUGCCGGACGAGAAUGAAGAUCCUGCCAUAGACGAUACCUGCUUCAGCAUGUUCUCGGAAAUCCCGAACACGGACAUGACUGCUUUCGCUAAACUAGGCCAAAGCCCUACGAAGACAUUCUCCAUCCAGACUCAGACUCCUCGUGCUCUCAACUUCAUGACGCCGAGCACUUCUCGCCGUACCCGCCCUUCAGAUCUCAGCUCCCCUUCGCCCACCCCCCGCCAACGGGACAUCUCCAUGCACGUCUCCUCCGAAGAUACCACCAACCUUCUUCUCGACUUCACUCAACAAUUCGAAGCCUUCUCCAAAAGCUCCAUGCGCACUCCCACCGGACACGGCUCACCAACUAAGACCGAGCCCCAUCUCCUCUCAUACAUCAACCAGCAGCGCUCCCCCCAGAAACCCUCCGUAGCACCACCAAACGCCACUCCUAGUAAAUCGACGCUUCUGAACCUCCUGGACUUCGAGUUACCCCCCGCACCCACCCCACGCUCCAUCCCUACUAUCACCGUCCGUGAGCUCGAAUCCCUCAAAUCCACCUACCAAUCCCAAAUCAGCAGCCUCACCGCCUCACUCUCUGGCCGUGACGCCGAAGUCUCCUCGCUCAAACGCGCGGUGGCCGACGCGGAGCGCCGUGUCGGCGAAGCCGCCGAGUCGCUGCGGGACGAGCGAGGGGCGCGUGAGCACGUCGAACAGGAGAAGGAGGCGUGGGAGCGGAAGCGUGAGGAGGUGGAGAGCGUGCUGCGGAGCGUGCGGGAUGAGGUGAUGAAAGCGGAGAAGGAGCGGGAAGAGAUAGAGAAGCGAGUGGAGGAAGCAGAGACACGAGCAACGGAGGCAGAGCAGCGUGCGGUGGAGGCGGCGAAGAAAGUGACGGUCGUGGCGCCGGUAGAAGGGAAUAAGGAGGGAGGAGAAAAAGGCCUGUUUACCGCAGAGCAGGUGCAGCGGCAGAUCGACGAGAAGGUCCACGCGCUCUCCGCCGAGCUACACGCGAUUUACAAAAAGAAACACAUUACCAAAGUCGCUGGCCUUAAGAAAGGCUUCGAGGAAAAAUCCAAGAAGCUCACCGACGACCUCCACCAGCAAGUCGCCCACCUCACCCACCAAGUCGAAGACCUCCAAUCCUCCAAAGACGCCACCCUCUCCGGCCCCAUCGCCCUACCCUCCGGCGCCAUCCCCGCCUCCGAGCUCGCCUCCCUCCGCGCUGCCGACCUCUCCCGUCUCGAGUCCCAGCAAACUGAACUCGAAGCCACCCGCGCCAGCCUCGCAGGCCUCACCCAGGAGCUGCGCACCUUGCGCACCGCGCAGGACGCGCUGCAUGCGGACCUCGAGCAGGAACGCAUUGAGAAAGGCGAGCUGGUUGCCGCCGUCGACGAGUUGUUGGCGCUGCAGACCGAGGUCGGGCCCGUCGAGGCCGUGGAGGAUUUUCGGAAGAGUAUUGCGCGGCCGAGUGGGUUGAGGGGACCUGGAUUUGGGGCCAAGGGGCAGGGAGGGGAAAAAUCGAGGAUUGGGAGGAUUGGGGUGCCCGCAGCGCCGGUGGCGACGGCGGCGCCUGGGUUGGUGAGGAGUGUGAGUGGCGGGAAGAGUCGGAUGAUGAGUCAGUUGGAGAGGAUGGGGAGUGGGAGGAUGGGGGAGCGGUAA